AUGAAGCGCCAACAAAUAGAAAAAGACAUUUGUUUAGAGGAUGAACCGAAAGAAAAAUCCCCAAGUUCCGAACUGCAAUCGACCAGCUAUCCCCAGGUCACUUCUAUCAAACCCAAAUACAGAGUUGGAGCGACUUCAACCAAGUCGUUUGAAAGUCUUGAGUCGAGAAAGUCUGACUUUGAAAAUGGGGUCUCUUGCACGACGAUUUACGUCGGACAUUUGCACCCCAAGCUAACGCAAACUCAUAUCGAAAAGAUGUUUAGCAAAUACGGCGAAGUUGUCCGAAUAAACCUGCUCGCAAAUCGCGGAUACGGGUUUUGCGAAAUGGCCCGUCCUGAGCAAGCCGCCGCAGCUAUGACAGCACUACAUGGCCAAUCGCUGUUGGGAAGGCUGUUAACAGUUCGACCAGCCAACGACAAACAAUCUGGAACCGUCUCAUCUUUACGGGGCAGUACAGGACCAUCAGGGCGGAACCUUUCUACCCAGCAACAAGCAAGGCAAAUAGAUUCCCGGAUACAAGCCAUUAAACGCAAACUCGAAGAGAGCAAGAAAUAG